AUGUCUUCAUGCAAAGCGAUUGGAAUCGACUUGGGUACCACGUACUCCUGCGUCGGUAUCUAUCAGUAUGGAAAGGUGAGUAUCCUAGUCGAAAUCCUCGCCAAUUCCGAUGGAAACAAAACCACCCCAUCCUACGUGGCAUUCACCGAUACUGAACGUCUCGUAGGUGACGCUGCCAAAGAUCAAGCUGCUCGCAAUCCAGAGAACACAGUCUUCGAUGCGAAACGUCUCAUCGGACGUCGUUUCGACGAGGAAACCGUUCAAUCCGACAUCAAGCACUGGCCAUUUGCAGUCAAACAAAAACAGGGAAAGCCAAUGAUUCAGGUGGAAGUCAAAGGCGAGAAACGGGAGUUCAGUGCAGAGGAGAUCUCAGCGAUGGUGCUUCAGAAGAUGAAGGAGACCGCGGAGACCUAUCUAGGACAUAAUGUCAAGGAUGCAGUGAUUACAGUACCCGCCUACUUCAAUGAUAGCCAACGGCAAGCUACUAAAGACGCAGCUACCAUUGCUGGUCUCAAUGCGAUUCGAAUCAUCAAUGAGCCAACUGCAGCCGCCUUGGCUUAUGGAUUAGACAAGGGGAUCACUGAGGAGAAGAAUGUGUUGAUCUUCGACUUGGGAGGCGGCACUUUUGAUGUCUCCAUUCUCUCCAUCGCCGAAGGAUCCAUCUUCGAAGUUCGCUCCACCGCCGGAGACACUCAUCUCGGAGGAGAGGACUUUGACUCCCGAAUGCUUCAACAUUUCAUGACAGAAAUUAAGAGAAAGACUGGAAAAGAUAUCUCUCCGAACCCACGAGCCAUUCGACGUCUUCGCACCGCCUGUGAGCGUGCAAAGCGCACUCUGUCAAGCUCCACCGAGGCUACUGUAGAAGUUGACUCGCUGUUCGAUGGUGCUGAUUUCUAUUCAAAGAUCACGCGAGCCAGAUUCGAGGAGCUCUGUGCGGAUUUGUUCCGGAAGACGUUAGAACCCGUGGAGAAGGCAUUGAGAGACGCCAAGAUGGAUAAGGCUAGAAUUGAUGAGGUGAUAUUGGUGGGAGGAUCUACAAGGGUGCCAAAGGUUCAGAAGUUGCUCAAGGACUUCUUCAAUGGCAAGGAACUCAACUGCUCUAUCAACCCAGACGAAGCAGUUGCCUUCGGCGCUGCCGUUCAAGCUGCAGUCCUUUCCGGCGUCAAAGAUGACACUAUCAAAGAUGUCUUGCUCGUCGACGUGGCUCCUUUAAGCUUGGGAAUCGAGACUGCUGGAGGGGUCAUGACCAAUCUCAUCGAUCGUAACACCCGUAUCCCAGCAAAGGCUUCCAAGACAUUCACUACCUAUGCCGACAACCAGCCAGGCGUCUCUAUCCAGGUCUACGAAGGAGAGCGAGCUAUGACAAGAGACAAUCACCGACUUGGAACCUUCGAAUUGACUGGAAUCCCACCAGCGCCACGUGGAAUUCCACAAAUCGAUGUGACUUUCGACAUCGAUGCAAAUGGUAUUCUCAAUGUCUCUGCGGAGGAUAAGUCUACAGGAAAAUCCAAUAGGAUUACGAUUCGCAACGAGAAGGGAAGACUAUCACAAGCAGAUAUUGAUCGAAUGGUUAACGAAGCCAAGCAGUUCGAAAGAGAGGAUGCUCAACAAAGAGACAAGGUCAGCGCCCGUAACCAAUUGGAGGGAUACGCGUUCCAAGUGAAACAAGCUCUCGAUGAACAUGGGGAUAAGCUGAGCUCAGAGGAUCGUAGUCGUGCUAGAGAAGCCGUCGAGGACACUCUUCGUUGGAUGGAAUCCAACACUUUGGCUGAGAAGGAUGAGAUUGAGGCGAAGGAUCGGGAAUUGAAGGCGGUGUGUCAGGCGAUUCUAACUAAGAUGCAUCAGCAGGAGAGUGGUGGUCAGGGAGCGAAUUGUGGAAGUACACCUGGAUCGGGAGGAUUCAAUCCGAGCAACUAUCCAGGCGGUGCUGGACCCACUGUUGAAGAAGUUGAUUAA